AUGAUUCAAGAAACUGUAGCACUUCUAAAGGCCCACUGGGUCUUGGUGCUUCUCUUGGCAGUUAUCACGCACCUUGUCUACAAUUACGCCAAGGGGGGACUUUGGAGGAUACCAGGUCCGUGGUUGCGAGGGGUUUCUUCCCUUCCCCGCAUCCUCUCAGUUUAUAACAACAAGUCCCACGAUGAAGACAUCCAGCUGCAUCGAAAAUAUGGCAACAUCGUACGUCUGGCGCCAAAUCUACUCUCGAUAGCCGACCCUGCCGAGAUCAACCAAAUAUACGGCAUUGGGACGAAAUUCUAUAAAUCUCGGUUCUACAACCUCUCUACGACAUACGAUGACGAGGGCUUAGUUCCGGACACGUUUGUUCUGACCGACAAAGUAAAACUCCAUCACGUGAACGCGUCUAACGCGUACUCGACAAACGGCCUAGUGCAGAUGGAAUCAUGGAUCAAUCCAGUCACCGAGCGACUGGUGAGUAAAUUACAUCGCCAAGCAGGGGAGCCCAUUGAGAUGUCAAGCGUAUUGAAAGACUACGCCAUGGAUGCCGUCUUUGCUGUCACAUUUGGGAGAGACUUUAACUACAUUGAAAAAGGCGACAUCCUGAAGAUGUAUAGCAUCUUGGAAACUGUCGCUGACUACAUGGCAGUCUUUGGACAAAUCCCCUGGAUUCAUAAAUUUCUCCUGGGUCGGCCAAUUAUCGCCAAGCUCAUGUUUGGUAGCGGCGGCGGCGAUAAGGAAAUGAUGCAGCUCGCCGUGUCCCAGAUCGAGUCCGCCAAGCAGAAUUCAUCCGAGGGCGGACCUUUGACCUUUCUCCAGCGAUUGCUCCUAAACCAAGCCAAGGAUCCCUCAUCUAUCAACGACAGAGAGAUCAUGACACAUGCAUUUGGUAACAUUUCCGCAGGGAGCGAUACCACUGCCAUUGCUCUGCGUUCCAUCCUCUACCACAUCCUAAAAGACCGCCGCGUUUAUGAUAAGCUCUACGAUGAAUUCCGUGUUCUGGAUACUCCCGUUCAAUUCACCGACGCUAACAAGCUGCCCUAUUUCGCUGCUGUCAUUCAAGAGGCUCUCCGGCUACAUCCUUCAGUCGGCAUGAUGCUCGCCCGCCUCGUCCCUGCAGGAGGUGCAGAUUUGUGCGGGUUCCAUAUCGCCGAGGGCACGGAAGUUGGCAUCAACCCGUGGGUAUUGCAACGCGACCCGGAAGUGUUUCCCGAUCCUGAUAGCUUUCGUCCUGAACGGUGGCUGCCAGAGGAGACGGAUGAUAACCAGCGUAAGCUUAUGAACAGGUCGUUUUUCACCUUUGGUCAUGGUGCGCACACCUGCAGCGGACGUUGGAUCAGUUUGAUGGAGAUGAAAAAGGUGAUUCCGUCUCUAAUGCUGAGAUUUGAGAUGACGUUGGUAAGUGAGGAGAAGUAUGGGUUUAAGAAUCGUUGGUUUACGCCGCAGCAUGGUCUAUGUGUGAAGUUUAUCGAGAAGGCUCCAUAG